AUGUCAAUUGCAGCAGCGCCCAAUGCGCUUCGAGCCUCAUCAGGCUGCGCCUCAAGGCUGGGCCUGUCUCUCCACAAGGGCCCGAGAUCAAGCCUUUUCCUGCCGGCCUCGUCGAUGCGAGUAGCCAGUUUCACGACGACGGCGCCGCAAUGCAAGCGCAAGACAAAGGACAGCAACAAGCGACGAGGCGUCAGCAGCCUCUAUGGAUCGGGCCCGCGUGAGCCGCUGUCCAUGUCCAACAUGCCACUGCCGAAGCCGGUCGAGUUCCAGCCCAAGAUUGAGGUUGACGAGAGCCACGGGCUGUGGGGGUUCUUCCCCGCGCCGGGGAAGCUCCUGCUGACGCCCAAGGAGACGGAGGAGCACGGGCGAGCAUGGGAGGUGGAGGAGCUGCGGAGGAAGUCGUGGGAAGACCUGCAUGCCCUGUGGUGGAAUUGUGUUACGAAGACGAUGAGAGCGAUCAAACAUGCUCUUACGGAGCGAUUCUACACCUGGCAGGAUGCCGUCGAGGUUGCCAAGUCGGAUCCCGAGAUUAACCUGGAAGGAGGAGAAGGUCAGGUGUACACGCCGUCUGCAUACGAAGAGGGAUACGAUGAUGUUCCUGCUACAGAAGAAGCAGGCAAGGAGUUGAAGGAGCCUCUACGGUAG